AUGAAAAUUAUGGAUAAAUCUAUGAUGAAUAAAAAAGCUCAAAACUUAUUAGCAAAUGAGAUAAAAACAAUGGAGCAACUUCAUCAUCCAAAUAUUAUCCGUCUUUAUGAAACUGUUGAAACAACCACACGAGUAUAUCUCAUAAUGGAAUAUGCUUGUGGUGGUGACCUCUGUUCUCAUAUUCAUCAUCGAGGAAAACUUUCAGAGAAUGAUUGUAAACCAAUGUUUGCGCAAAUUAUUUCCGCCAUUUCAUAUAUGCAUUCCAAAAAUAUUAUACAUCGUGAUAUAAAAGCUGAAAAUGUGAUGUUAUCAGAAGAUGGUUUGAUAAAAUUAGCUGAUUUUGGUUUUGCAUGUCAAGUGAAUGCAAAUGAUAUGCUAACAACAUUUUGUGGUUCACCAGCAUAUGCUGCACCUGAAUUGUUCAAAUCUGAUAAAUAUUAUG